GUGAGAUUCCCAGCAGCGGGAAUAGGGAAGGGUGCUCGUGCUUCCUCAGCUGGGACGCGCAAACGGAUGUGAUCUUCGUGGUGAGCUGGUGGGAAAAUUGAGUUGUAAAUCACCCCAAUGGAUGCGGACAGUGAUGUUGCACUGGACAUUUUAAUCACAAAUGUAGUGUGUGUUUUUAGAACAAGAUGUCAUUUAAACUUGAGGAAGAUUGCAUUAGAGGGAGCAAAUGUGAUAUACAAGCGUGAUGUUGGGAAGGUUUUAAUGAAGCUUAGGAAACCUAGGAUUACGGCCACAAUUUGGUCCUCAGGAAAAGUUAUUUGCACAGGAGCCACAAGUGAAGAAGAAGCUAAAUUUGGUGCCAGACGACUAGCUCGUAGUCUACAGAAACUAGGUUUUCAGGUAAUUUUCACAGAUUUUAAAGUUGUGAAUGUUUUAGCAGUGUGCAACAUGCCCUUUGAGAUCAGAUUACCGGAAUUUACGAAGAAUAACAGACCUCAUGCGAGUUAUGAACCAGAACUUCAUCCUGCCGUGUGUUACAGAAUAAAAUCUCUCAGAGCUACCUUACAGAUUUUUUCCACAGGCAGUAUCACAGUUACAGGGCCAAACGUAAAGGCUGUUGCCAGUGCUGUGGAACAGAUUUAUCCAUUCGUGUUUGAAAGCAGGAAAUAAAUUUUGUAAUUCACCACUUGAUGGUUAGGUUCCCUAACCGAGCACCUUCAAAGACUGCUGCACAUUGGACUAAAAGCAAAAAGGAAAACUGGACCAACCAUAGCAGAGGAAUACAGACUCUUUUACUUGCUCGUGGCCACAGUAUAGACUCCAGUUCUUUUGGAUUUUACUCUUAACAGUGCUGUAUUGUAAAAACAGAAGUUUACAAGAUAUGAAAUUGCUGCUUUUAAAAAGACAUUCUAUUUAUUUUUGCAGUAAUUUCUGUGUAUUCAUAAGCAAAGCUGUCACGAUGUGCACUACCUUUAAGACUUUUUUUUUUUUAGCUUGAGCUUGUGUUUUAUUUGUGAAUAGUCUUUUACAUUUUUGUAUGCUGAAUAUUGGGCACCAAAGAAGCUGUAAAAGUUAUCUUUUUCACCUGAUGAAUGUGCACAAAUAAAAGUUUGGAAAAUAUUUCUCUUCA